UAAACACAACACGUCGCGAGAGCAGUUCGGGAAUAAAAUCAUUGCCCCGUUCUCCGUUACCAAUUAGUAUCAGCUCAGUGCUCGAUCGAGAUCGAUCUCAUUAGGCAAACCGAACUCGUACAUCUCCGCCGAGGAAUUGCUUCCAAGUGUGAUCCGGAGAACUUGUUUGCUCGCGAAGUUGUUGUGCAGUUUAUUUUCGUUUAACAAAAACGACCAACUAUCAACCCCCCCUAAUCAGAAGUGCAUUUUGAUCGAUCAGAUCGGAUCGAAUAGUGUGCUAAAUACUCGUAGGCGAUUAGAAGCUGCUGAAAACGUGCUUUAUCCGUGGGCAAACGCUGCGCUGCAGGAGACGUUUAUUGCCUUUGUGUGGCGCGCGGUCCUCGCAGCCUCUGGUGGUGAAGGCAGGCGGCGGGCGCUGAUAGAGAGGAGACGACGCCGUGUCUCAACGUUUCUUCCGCUUUGGCGGGUACUCUUCUUUCGGUGGGACCACCGUGAAUUUGAGUGAAGUUUUUUUUUAUGGUAAUUGUUGACAACGGGAGCAGUUUGUAUCUGUUUGAUCGUAAAAAAACAGUGAUUCAGGUUUAAAGUGUAACGAAAUUGUAUAGGACGUCAAGUGACAAUUGAAUGUGAAGAAUAAAGAGUGUAAAUCUGUUUUGUGGAUUGUGAAGCAGUACUAGAUCAUCAGAUAUUCGGGCCGGUUGAUGUUGUUACAAAUUAAAGCAUACUAUUACACCAGACCGGCUGCCAAUUCCCGUUCCACUUCAUCGCUGCCGACGAGCUGUUCAAGUUCGCGCCACCGGCCAAGCGGCCAUUGCACCGGACAUUAGAGACCAACCCAACCCAACGCAACCUCGCCAGCCUACUCGCGCACAAACGACCUUGAUCUUGGGAAAGUGCACACCCCGCGGCUGCCCCCCUUUCAGCAUCGGAACUUGGAUUUGGCGGCACAGCUUCCCCCGAAUUCGGACGAUUUUCGUGAUCUUCGGUCUUGGUCGGCGAAUUGUGAUCCCGGUUUCCCUAGUGAGGAGAGCACAGCUCUCUGAGCAUCUCUCGCGUGUGCCGAGAACAAGUCGGAUUUCAUUUCGCGAAAGACACGCACUCCGUGUCGUCCCCAUCCUCUGCUGGUAGAUAUACGAAAAGCCGCGAAUACAAACGAAGAAACACGCGGCCGGCGAGCUCUCUAAGCAGUUGCCAUUGGCCAUUCGCACUCGGUCGGUGAAUGAAUCAGUGAGAAAGAGAGAAGACCUCCACCUUGUGUGGUUGAUGAUCGCCGUUUGAGUUCUGUUUGACGGCCUCACUGUUUUGAUUUCGAUAUUUCGCGAUCAGUUCAAAGUAAAAGUUGAUUCGAGCAAGAUAUUGGUGCAACGAGUCGAAGUUGUUUGAAGAAGCCAGUCACAGGGCUGAGGUGUGAAAACAGAUUCGGCUGUUGAAGUUUGUCAUUAGAUUAUCUAAAUUGUUACGCCUAUUUUUGGAAGUUCGGUUUCGCUGCGAUAAUGAUGAGUAGAGAUCCGUCGUCGUUGAUGGACCUGUUGUCCGAGGGACAUUUCGGUAUCCAACAGCAGCAGAAGCAAAAGUCGGGUCAAGUGUCGCGUAUGAUUUCAAAUGAUUCGUCGUGCGAUUAUCGUGAUAACUGUCGCAAGGAUUCUUCGAGUACCGGUGAACUGUGCGUGAGUUCGAAGAAACCCCUGGACGCCGAGUGGUUCUACGAGGAUGAGGAAGUAGAUCUGAGUCAGUUCGAGAACGAGCAACAAACGAGGGAGUAUUUCCGCAAGAAGUUGGCGAUCUUCGAGGCGUCGAUGAAGACUCCGAUGGCUGCGAAUCGUCGACUGGCGGCACGUAGGAUCGAGAUGGAAGGCGGUUUUGGGGGUGAACAGGAGAUGGAGAACGACGAGUGCAUUCCACCGAGGCAGCUGCUGAUGUACUUGGUCAGAAUGGGCUCCUUCACGUCGGCGCCCCAGAUCAAGAACGUCGACUGCCAGGAUGACAAGCUGGAAAUUUCGGACGGAAUGUCCAUUCCGGAUCUGAUCGAGUACUGUCGGUUUAUGCGUGGCGAGGACCGGCCCCAGCUGGUGAAGCGGAAGUUUCUCCGACCGGACGAGCGAACUGGGCUGCAGCGGGACCUUGCCGAGGGGUUCCGGAUGCUGAAGCUGGAUGCCAUUUCCAAAAAUGCCUACCACGUUGCAGCAUGCAGUGAACCGACGAAGGCCGCCGCUGCCAAUUCGGCUCAGAUCAGGAUUUUCCAGUGGAACAUGCUCUCGCAAACGCUUGGUAUGCACAACGAUGGUUUCGUAAAAUGUCCCAUAGAUGCGCUUACGUGGGAGUGCCGACGGUAUCAAGUCAUACAAGAAAUAGUACAAAACGAUCCAGAUAUUAUAUGUCUUCAGGAAGUGGAUCACUUCAAAUUUCUCCAGAAAAUUUUGGCCACACAAAACUACGAAGGAGUGUUCUUUCCCAAACCAGACUCCCCUUGUCUGUACAUAAACGACAACAACGGUCCGGAUGGGUGUGCCGUUUUCUACAAAAAGGACCGACUCGAGCUACUGAACCAUUUCACCCGGAUAUUGGAGGUGUGGCGGGUUCAGAGCAAUCAGGUGGCGAUAGCUGCCCUCUUCCGGACACGUGACACUAACCAGGAGAUCUGUGUCACCACCACUCACCUGAAAGCCCGCAAAGGAGCUCUGCUUUCAAAGCUGCGCAACGAACAGGGUAAAGAUUUGCUGUAUUUCAUUGACGGAGUGGCCGAGAAACGCCCGGUGAUCCUUUGCGGAGACUUCAAUGCGGAGCCCAUAGAACCCGUUUACAGCACGGUGUUAAACUACAAACCAUUAGGACUAGGAAGUGCCUAUUCUGAUCUGCUGGCUCAGGAAUUUCCUCAACUGGCGCAGGAAAACGACCAGAACGUAGUGAACAUGGUUCCCGUUGUGCAGCACCGAACCAGCAUAGAUUCGAAUCACAGCGUCGAAGACGACUGCAGUGUAAGCUGCUCGGAAAGGACUAAGGCCGAACUGUCGGCUGCUUACGAACCACCCUACACAACGUGGAAAAUACGCGAAGAAGGCGAGGUGUGUCAUACAAUUGACUACGUUUUCUAUUCCAAAGAUCAAAUCACGGUCAAGAACUGCCUUAUGUUCCCCGCGGGUGAGGAAAUCAGCCCAGACCGGACGCCAUGCUAUCAAUACCCUUCUGAUCACUUUUCGUUAGUCUGUGACUUUGAGCUGCAGUCAACGAGUAGCAGUAGUGAAGCCACCCAACAGGACGGUGAAAGUGGACAGUCACAGCUCUAAGAGACGCUUGCCCAGUUUAACUAAAAAGCACGUGAGAAGAACCGUUCGGUGGACGCUAACAGGAACACAGACAUCACUUACAACCGUACCGAAAGUAUCAAAUUAGCAUAUAAGUUUAUUCGAUGAGGAUGUAGUUUAAGCUACGCUUAAAAGCCUAAAUCCAGAUUUUAACGAAGAAACAUUUUAAAAUCUUCCACGAUGGACGUGAAUGCAGGAAGCUUAGAUUUAGAUUACCUUACAAACAACGCACGGAAGAGAUGUAGCAGUCGAAUCGAGCGGAUCGGUUUGAGGCUGUUUAAACUAAUCGCAUGAUCCAAGGAAGGAGAAAACAUACAUUUGUACAGUUUGUGAUAUACAUUGUUGUGAUAUUAAAAGAAUGGAGUGCUUCCCCCUGGAUGGGCAGGCUAGACGAGCAGGAGGGAGAAAUGAAUCCCGAUAGAUUUUUUCUUUAGGUUUAAGAAGUGACUCGACUUACUGAGCAGCAGGACGAUUUUCUACCAACAAAGCUGGCAUACUUUAGUUGUAAGAGAUUGCAGCCCUGAGUUUUAUUUUUAAUGUGAGCCAUCAAAAUCAUAAGGUUUUAGGUUAGCAGGUUUGAAAUGAAAUCUAAGAUUUUACUAAUGGUUGAACAAUGUUAAAGCUGGGCUAUGAACAUACUUGACACGUGUCAAUUUAACUGGUAGAUAGAUAGAAUCGUCAAUUUGGAGGAAGGUAUAAUUAAGACAAUGAAAACUAUUGUAGGACGUCUUGAACAAAUAAAUGUGACAAAUUGA